AUGACGCCGGAAGAGAAGUGCAAGAUGGCAGUCGGAGCUGUGAAGAUUGAAGCAGAUGCUUACAUGGUUUGUUUGACUCACGCUCUAUCGACUGAAAGGGAAGAAGUUAUGGGCUUGUUAAUCGGAGAGGUAUUUUACUGUCGUCAUUGCCACCUUUCAGCUGUUUUGAAGUAAUGGGUAUAAAAGUCACUUCUUUUGAAUUGUAAACACCCUAAGUGCCUCACUAGUGAAAUCAAACUUUGUAAAUAUUGUGGGUAUAUGGUUAGAAUUGUGUAUGUAUUGGAAUUUUUCUUAUCAUUAAGAAACUAUAGUCUGCAGAAUUGUGAUUUCUCGACCUGUUGCUGGUUAAAAACCCCCAAUCCCUCGUGUAUUCGAGUCAAAGACAGCUGGCUUAAUUUCAUUAUUCAGCCAUACAUUGGUUGUCACAAUCUACUGAUUUUCGUUUCUCCGGGACAUUUCCAUUCUCCAUAUAUCGAUCUAAAUGCUCUUUGUUUUAAAUUGUACUCUCAUAUAUUUGGUGUAUGAUCUCUUUCUUCUGUUCCUCUUCUAGGUUGAGGAUGAGAGAGUAGCUCAUAUUUAUUCAGUUAUCAUGCUUCAGAGACUGGACAAGCGGAAAGAUCGGGUGGAGAUUUCUCCAGAACAAUUGUCAGAUGCCUCAACACAGGCGGAGGUAAACUAUUAUGAUCUUAACGGGUCGAAGAAAUGGGUCAACAAGCUGCAAUAUUCAAUUGAUGGUUUGACUUUAUAAUUUAAGGCAACUUUAAAUCAUGGGACAAACCAUUAAGUAUUCAUUCAUGGUUAUAAAAGCAAUGCUUAAACAGAUAAGUUGCAGUACUUUUCUUCUGAUAUUUCAGAGGCUUGGUAUGUUGACGUCAAAACAGCGACCAAUGAGGGUGAUUGGUUGGUAUCAUUCUCAUCCUCACAUUACAGUUUGGCCAUCACAUGUUGGUAAGUUCCUGAUGUGAUAGCAUGUGAUCAUUAAUAUAAAGUCAAGCCUGAUGCCUUAACCCUUAUGGUCAACUAUACAAUUGUUAUAUUGUUAGUUCAGAGAAUUUAGUAUUGGAUCAACUAAUUAUCCCCAAAUUGAUGUUUUCCUCUAUUCUCAUCACUUAUCUGGCUGAUAUUAUAUUUAUAUUGUAAGGAGAAAUUCUGUCUUGGUCACUCAUGGGAGUUAAAGGGUUAAACCCUUUCACCAAGAAAUAAAUAUUAUUUGAGAACUGUCUAAUGGCUGUCUGAUAAUCAGCUUCAUGAGACUGUUAGGCUAGGACCCCUGUUAUCUUUAGACAUUAGAGGGAUGAUUUAUUAAAUUGGAGAAAGGGAAAAAAGCAGUUAUAGACAGAGGCUAAGAGAUUUGCCCAAAUGAGAUGGAUGUCUCUAUUGUCAAUGCAUAUCAUGCUUUCCUAUUGAGUUACAAUGACAUGACACUUAAGUGGUAAGUAGUGGGAAAAAGGGUAAUUUUAGUAUUAUCAACUGAGUUGAUAAUGUAAAUUGGCCACAGUUAAGAGUUUAAAAGCUGGAGUUUUGAGUGUUAGCCCUUCUUCAAUUGCUCUGAUGACGGGCUAAUGCUCAAAACAUCCACUUUUAAACUCUUUACAGAGGCCAAUUUAUAUUAUCAACUCAGUUGAUUAUGCUAAAUUACCCUGUUAUACUCUCUCACCAAUGCAGCUCUGCAGUUUCUUUAGAAACUUACCUCCUUUAUUCAUUAGUGUAAAAAAAGGUAGACAGUGAAUUGAUGCAGUAAUGAAGUAAUUUUUAUGUGUGCAAUAGACCUACGGACUCAGGCCUCUUACCAAUUUAUGGAUGCAGGAUUUGUUGGCCUUAUCUUCUCUUGUUUCAACACCGAUACAAAUUUGGUGAGUGGCUUACAUGUAGUAUUUAACCCUUUCACUUCCAAAUGCCAUUAGUUAUUCUAUUUACUGUCUGCCCUACUAUUUAACUUAUGUUAGUUUGGAGAGUUAGGAAUUGGAUCAAUUAGUAAUCCCCUAAUUGAUACUAUUCUUUGUCAACACUUGUCUGCUUGAUAUUGUAUUUUUAUUAUUGUGAGGAGAAAUUCUAUUUCGGUCACUCAUGGGAGUUAAAGGGUUAACUUUUCUUGAACUUGACUGCCAUAAAAUAAUAAUUACAGGAAUGUGGCAAUCUCUUUUUGGUCUGAAGUCAAAGUAAAUACACAUUUUCUUAGAUAUCACUUAAGUUCUGUCAUUGGUAAAAAUGAAAAUUUGCCCCUUUCUCCUUGGUGUCCUUGGUAUCAAGCCUUGAUAUAGCAUGUGAUUCUCUCAAGAUGAAUACCAGCUAUCCAGUACUCACUCCAAACAAAGGCAGUCUGGUCAGUAGAUUACUGGGUGGUGUAAUGUUGCUUGACCCUUUACACCCUGACAUCAGUAUGUAUUUUCUCUGUACUGUUCUCUAUACAUUUCCUGGAGUGCUAACAAGGAGAAUUUGUUUAAAAUCAAGAGCUUUAUUAAUUGGUGAUCAUUUCCUUGAUUCUCAUGAUCUUAAUGUUUGAUUCAGGGCUGAUAUUGUAAGGAGAAAUUAGAAGCUGGUCAAUCUUAGGGGUUAAAAGGUUACAGUUUCUUUUUCCUUAACCAGACAUUAAUAUCUUGUCAUCACUCUAUUAUUAAAGGUUCUCCAAAGAUAACUUUGAAAAAGUUAAGCUUGGAGCCCUGUUUAGUAACUUUUUUUACCCUCAUGAUUCUUUCAGGGUGGCCAUUUAAAAGUGUAUUGUUUUCAGUCAGUGAACAUCAAGCCUGAGGGGAGUCCUCCACAGUAAGUUCACUUUCCAUACUCCUAUAGUCACCAAGAAAAACCAGCUGAAAUAGCUGAUACAAACUCCAAGCAGCAGCAUUCAGAUCUGUUUUGCUCAAGACACAAAUUGAAAGCAUCAUCUACCAGUGUCUGGUUUAAAUAUAUAAUUGGAUUCCAUGUUCAGAAUUUGCAUGGAUGUUCAUGCUUACUAUAAGUUUAACUGAAUAGUUCACAGACAUGUAAUCUGAUGAAAUAACAUAGUAUCCAUACUGUCUUUUAUUUGCCACAUACUUUCAAACUUGGUGACAGCCCUGUAGGGGUAUCUUUGGUCAGUUCUUGUCAUGGAUUAGGUGUAAGCUCCACAGCCACAUGUAUCUAAUUCAAUUUGAUAUGUGGACUUGAUUUAGAUGGUUUGAUCUCAGUUUUUUCUAAAGGGUGCCUUAGGCCACGUGAUAUAUAUGUAUUAUUUUUAUAACCAAGUGCUCUGUUUUUUCUUAUUGCAUCAGAUAUCAGCGAGCUGACAUUGAGCUUCAAAUAGUUCAUACAGAGGUUUUGUCAAAGGCUACUUUAAACAGCUUGUCAGAACUGCCACAAAUACUAUCAAAGGUGAGGUGAUAGAAUGAUUCCUUAAAGUAGGGUGAUUCAUUUCAAAAACUAAAUUCAGGAAAAAAAACGAAGUCUGUGAAGACCACCUUUGCAUAGAUAUACAUGCAUAAAUAAACUUUUCAUUUCUCUAUCAAAGGAUUUAUUUGGACUCUAGAAUCAGUUGUAAGUUGCCUACCAAAACUACAGUCAACUAGAUGAAAAGAGGAUAAGUUUCUAAAGAAACUGUGGUGCUGCAUUGGUGGGAGAGUAUAACAGGCAAUUUAGUGUCAACAACUGAGUUGAAAACAUAAAUUGGCCACUGUAAAGAGUUUAACCCUUUAACUCUCAGAUCAAAUGUUUCAUUCUCCUUACUGUCAACCAUACAAUUCUUGUAAUGCUAGUUUGGAGAAUUAAGUAUUGGAUCAAGUAAUUAUCCCCAAAUUGAUAUUUUUCUUUAUUCUCAUCACUUAUCUGGUUGAAAUUGUGUUGAUAUUGUAAGGAAAAAAAUUCUGUCUUGGUCACUCAAUUGCCCUUUCGUUGCCCUUUGAUAGCCCUUUUUGACAAAGGGCUAAUGCUCGAAAUGUCAGCCUUUAACCUUGUUAUGGUGGCCAAUUUAUGUUUUCAACUCAGUUGUUAACACUAAAUUACCUGUUACAGUCAACUAGGUUUACUAUGCAAUUGAUCACUGGUGAAGUCCAGUAGGAAACUUAUCCAGAGUAGUUAAUUGAUAAAUUUUAGCGUGUGUCUUUAUUUAAAUGUUGAUUAAAUCUAACACCUAUUGCUUAAAAUAUAAACCAUCAGUUCAAAUAUGAAAAAAAUGAUUUUAAAAGAAAAUAAUGGUUGUUGAUUUGCACCAGGUUGCCCUUGAACCAAUGACAGUACUUUACUCCAAUACUUGACCACUUAAUAAAUGCAGAAAGACAUUGUUGAUGCCUUGUUUUUUUUUUAUUCAUUAAAGGAAGAAGAAGAGGCAUAUAGUAAAACUUUGAAGUAAGUUUUCUAUCAACAGAAAUGCUAAAAAAAUAUUGUCAUUUUAAGGUUUCUAGUUUUGUGUACUGCUUAGUAUCUUCCCUAGUGCUGAUGUUUAUCCACAGAGACACUAACAGAAACCAAUGACACUAGACAAAGGGUUUGUAUCGAUGUUAACCCUUUCACUCCCAGAUCAAAUUUGUAAUUCUCUUUAUUGUCAACCAUACAAUUCCUAUGAUGUUAGUUCAGAGAAUUUAGUAUUGGAUCAACUAAUUAUCCCCAAAUCGAUAUUUUAUCUGGUUGAUAUUGUAUUGAUAUUGUAAGGAGAAAUUCUGUCUUGGUCACUCAUGGGAGUAAAAAGGUUCAAGGGGUUAUUAGUCCAUGUUCACUUAACUCUUUUCACUCCCAAGAUCUUAUUAAUAAUUCUCCCUACUGUUUGCUAUACAAUUCUUAAGGUGUUAGUGUGGAGAAUUUGGAACUGGAUAAACUAGUCUCCUAAUUGAUACAUUUCUAUAAUAUCAUUUCUUGUCUGCUUGACAUUGAAUUGAAAGAUUAAGGAGAAGUUCUGUCUUGGUUGCAAAAUGCCAAGUGAGAGUAGAUUAUUGGGAUAAGAUAUGCUAUGAAGUAUUUUUGUGUGGAAAGGGUGAACAAGUCAUGAGUCAAGUUUAUCAAAACUUGCUCUGCCUUAAUCCAGAUUUAGUUGGUAUGGCGAAGCAAUAGUGUGCUCCAGAGGUAGUGGUGGCCAGCAUUUUAACCAACUACUUGAUUUGACGCUUAAAAGUGCUGGCUGGUUUAAUUAUAAAAAGCAGUAAAAUACUUGUCUUGUUGUGGUACAAAUUUUACCCAUUGUUGGCUGGUGUUAUUUUCAUGCCUGGCUUCUCAAAAGAAAAAAGAAACUCUGAAGAGUUUUUUUAAAAACUAAUCCUGGAUUUAUUUCAUAAUUUCACAAUUAAAAUUGUGUUUUGAACAAUGCAGCCAAGGUUCUUUCAAAAUGCUCAGACAUUUUUUCUGCUCUGAGUCAUUUUAUUCAAGUGAUCACAGCUGGGUAUUUUGUCCACUUGUAUGAAACUUAAAUUUACCAUUUUUCUUAACAGCUCUAAGGAUUUAUUAACAGCAGUUCAUAAUAGUACAGGUUGGUAGAGGCAUUUAUUGAAUCUAUAAUGUGAUUUUAGUCAUUUUGUGAACAAUGUUUCAGAAAAUUUGGUAGAGGUGGGAUUCUUGGAUGGAUAAAUUGCUUACUCCUAUAGCCCUUGUUGAGUCAGCCCUGUGAAUAUCUUUCCAGGAACUUUUGUGCUGCAAGUGAUUAACAGAUUGUACUUCUUCUCUUUUGUGACCACGCAAUGUACUUGCCUUAAGUUCCUGAGUGUGUGUUCUUAGCAGAGGAAAGAAUUCUUGAAAUAGCAAAUUUUCAACUCCUUUUUAUUUAAUCUUGAAAACUUCAGCAGUACUUUGUCUUCAAAUGUAUUUGAUUAAAAUAAGUCAAUUAAUAAGCUGAGGGAAUAAGUUUAUUCUGUCAUUUAAAAAGGCAUCAGUGUUAUUCCAGGUCAUUCCACCCUACUCGCAUUUCACCCAUCUCCCCACACAUUCCUCUUCACCCUCUACUAUCCUUACUCCCCCACUUCACUCCCACCCCACCCCCCCCCCCCCCCCCCCCCCCCCCCCCCCCCCCCCCCCCCCCCCCCCCCCCACUCUUUGCUUCCCCAAUUCUGCAUUACUCAGUAUCUCUUCUUACCUUAUUUCUGUUUUGAUUAAAUGUUUUUUUUAUUAUUUUGGCAGUUUUUACCAAGGCUUUGUGUCAGCUCAUGGAGGUUAUGUGUGGACCUCUUCUUCAAACUUUGGAGAACAGAUUACAGGUGAAUCUCAAAAGAACAGCAGCGCUGGAAACCGAGAAAGAGACGUUGGAGAAAGAGAUAAACAGUGUGAAGGCGGAAUUACAGGGAUCAAUGUGAGAGAGAGAGACAGCUGAGCUAUUAAUAACAAAGAUUAUAGCUGAAAAUAAGCUUAAAGAGAACUCGGUCACUUCAGAAAGACUGAGAUGCGAGAUAGGGUAAAGAUAUGGCGAACGUCUUCUUGUGGAGAAAUAAAAAUAUCCCCCCCCUUCCUUUUACCCCUGCGAGAGUCAGAGAAAGUGUGGAGAUUGGAACCGAAAGUGCGCGGGGAUGAUGCGUGCCUGAAGGAACCAUUGAGACACUCUUGGAUUAAUUGUUCCUGGUGCUGAUGUCGGAGGUACAGAUUUUGAAAGCAUGAAAUUUUUGUGGCCUUUUUCCCAAAGACACAUCUUUCAAGUCAAGUGUGAGGAGACUCGUGUUUUAUUUAGAAGAACCUUGAUGUUGAUACUCUGAUAUGUCGUGAGUUUAACCCUUCAACUCCCAGACAUUCUCAACAUGUAACUUCUCCCUAUAAUAUCCAUACAUUAUCCCGCGAAAAUGUAAUGAGAAUACUCAAACUUAUCAGGCAGAAAUUGCUAUUUUGAUCAAACAGCAAAUUCUUGUCACUAAUUUACAAGGAAAUGUGUAGCAGCUCGAGGGGAGAAUUGACAAUCAUAUCUUUGGAGUUAAAGGGUUAAAACACUCUAGGUAUGAUAUUUCUUUGUUUUAAAAAGAAGUGUUUGGUUUUACCUCAAAUGGUAUAUAUCGGUUGAUCUGUCUAAAUCUUUUUCCAUGGAGUGCCAACAAAUUUGAUCUCGAGAAAAAAUUUUUAAAUAAAAGUAAAUUUCAGAGACACCGCUUCUCGAAGAAAAAAAAAUGCUUCCACGAUUGGUACAUAUACUUACACAAACUUAAUUUAAACACGAAAUUUGAGUGUAGCUACAAAAGUUAUGUCUUCGUGUUAAAUAUGAUAAAAUACAAUGAAAAUAUAAAUUCUAAUAAGAAUGUAAAAUUUACAUGCUAUCAAAUAAUACAUUAAUAAAAUAUAAAAUACAAAACACAAUAUGAUAUAAUAAUACAUGUUUGUGAUAUUAAAUAUUAGAAUUGAAAAAACUAAGAAUUUUCCUCUUAAAUUCAUAUUAAUUGGUUAUGUUGUAUUGC